AUUGAAUACUCUGAAAAGUGACGGCGGACGUAACGGAUCUCCGAGAGUGAUAUAAAGCGAUAUUUCCUCUGCGAUUAUAUUCGUACGAUAUAAUCACAACGUUAGUGUGAAACAAAUUAUUUCUGAUUAAUUUCUGUGUGUCGAUAUUUAAUUAUACGUAAUUAAAUACAGUGAGAAAAGAUGCCAGAAGACGUCACCAUGGUCGGUGCCGGCGAGGUUGAAACCUUCGCCUUUCAGGCUGAAAUUGCACAAUUGAUGAGCUUAAUUAUUAACACCUUCUAUUCAAACAAAGAAAUUUUCAUUCGAGAAUUGAUUUCGAACGCAUCUGAUGCGUUGGACAAAAUCCGUUAUGAAUCUCUCACAGAUCCAUCCAAAUUGGACACAUGCAAAGAGCUAUUUAUCAAAAUUGUUCCCAAUAAAAAUGAACGUACCUUGACUAUCCUUGAUUCUGGUAUUGGUAUGACAAAAGCUGAUUUAGUCAACAACUUGGGUACCAUUGCUAGGUCUGGUACAAAGGCAUUUAUGGAAGCUCUUCAGGCUGGUGCAGAUAUUUCUAUGAUUGGUCAGUUUGGUGUGGGUUUCUACUCCGCUUACCUUGUAGCGGAUAAAGUUAUUGUCAUCUCAAAACAUAAUGAUGAUGAACAAUAUGUUUGGGAGUCUUCUGCUGGUGGUUCCUUCACGGUCCGUCCUGACAGUGGAGAGCCAAUUGGAAGAGGUACCAAAAUUAUCUUGCACAUCAAAGAAGACCAAACUGAAUACUUGGAGGAAUCCAAAAUCAAGGAAAUUGUCAAGAAACAUUCUCAAUUUAUUGGCUACCCGAUUAAACUUGUUGUUGAGAAAGAAAGAGACAAAGAACUAAGCGAAGAUGAAGAAGAGGAGGAAGAAGAGAAGAAAGAAGGAGAAGCUGAAGAUACCAGCAAGCCUAAAAUUGAAGAAGUUGGAGAAGAUGAAGAUGAGGAUAAACCAAAAGAUGAGAAGAAGAAGAAAAAGAAGACCAUUAAGGAGAAGUACACCGAAGAUGAGGAACUAAACAAGACAAAACCAAUCUGGACAAGAAACCCAGACGACAUCUCACAAGAAGAAUAUGGUGAAUUUUAUAAAAGCUUAACCAAUGACUGGGAAGAUCAUUUGGCUGUCAAACAUUUCUCGGUAGAAGGUCAAUUGGAAUUCCGGGCGUUGCUCUUCAUUCCACGACGUGCACCGUUUGACCUUUUCGAGAAUAAGAAGAGAAAGAAUAACAUCAAAUUGUAUGUACGCAGAGUUUUUAUUAUGGACAACUGCGAAGACCUUAUCCCAGAAUACCUUAACUUCAUCAAAGGUGUUGUGGACAGUGAAGAUCUUCCAUUGAAUAUUUCCCGUGAGAUGUUACAACAAAACAAAAUCCUCAAAGUCAUCAGGAAGAAUCUUGUCAAAAAAUGUCUAGAACUUUUCGAAGAAUUGUCUGAAGAUAAGGAGAGCUACAAAAAAUGCUAUGAACAAUUUAGUAAGAAUAUAAAAUUAGGUAUCCAUGAAGAUAGUCAGAAUAGGAAGAAACUCUCAGAAUUACUUAGAUAUCACACAUCUGCAUCUGGAGAUGAAAUGUGCUCGUUGAAGGACUAUGUUGGAAGAAUGAAGGAAAAUCAGAAACACAUCUAUUAUAUCACUGGUGAAAGCAGAGAGCAGGUUGCCAACAGUUCGUUUGUAGAAAGAGUUAAGAAGCGUGGUUUUGAAGUAGUGUACAUGACAGAACCCAUUGAUGAAUAUGUUGUCCAACAACUGAAAGAGUUUGAUGGCAAACAGUUGGUAUCUGUAACGAAAGAGGGCUUGGAACUUCCAGAGGAUGAGGAAGAGAAGAAGAAGCGCGAAGAAGACAAAGCUAAAUUCGAGAAUCUCUGCAAAGUUAUGAAAGACAUCUUAGACAAGAAAGUAGAAAAAGUUGUAGUAUCCAACAGGUUAGUCGAUUCUCCAUGCUGUAUCGUUACAUCACAGUAUGGAUGGACUGCAAAUAUGGAAAGGAUUAUGAAAGCUCAAGCCCUCCGAGAUGCAUCCACUAUGGGAUAUAUGGCUGCCAAGAAGCAUUUAGAAAUCAAUCCAGAUCAUCCAAUCAUGGAGAAUUUGAGGCAAAAGGCUGAAGCAGACAAGCAUGACAAAUCUGUAAAAGAUUUGGUCAUGCUUCUGUUCGAGACAGCACUUCUCUCUUCCGGUUUUGCUCUCGAAGACCCACAAGUACAUGCAUCCAGAAUAUACAGGAUGAUCAAACUUGGUCUUGGUUUCGAUGAUGAUGAUACACCAAACGUAGAGGAUGAGAAGAUGGAUACAGAAGUUCCUCCAUUGGAAGAUGACACAGAAGAAGCGUCUAGAAUGGAAGAAGUAGAUUAAGACUUUUACUGUUUAAAAUUACUUAACUAAAUCCAAAGACUUCUAGGAUGUAGAAAGACUGUUACAAAUUAAUUUUACUUAAGUAUUAAAACUUUUUUUUGUCUUUCUAUAUGUAACAGAAUGAAGUGUCACGCCUAAUUAAGUAUCGCAUAGUGCUAAUUAAUAUCUAUUCAUUUGAGAAAUAUGACAAAGUAGAAGUUCCCUGCAUUCCGCCAAUAAUAGCGCUCUUCAAAUCAAGCCUGGCACUUGAUUCUGUCCCCAAAUUCUUUUUUAUGGUGUCAUUUUCAUGCGUCAGCAUUAUCAUUUUAUUUUUUUUGCACUGCACAUCAUUACGAUUUCAUUUCGCACUUUCAUCAUUCCAUAUUGAAAUCGUCAUGUAGUCUGAUAAAAGAUUAAAACCGUUAUAAACAAUUUUGUGUGUAAUAAAACAACCUUACACAUUAAA